CUUCAAUGUUGCAGCUGAGAGGAAACACAGCCUCCUGCAGACCGCCACCCAACUAGUGUUGUGUGGUUUUUCUGCUCGCUUUUCUUCGUGUUGAUUACGGCCACUUUUCUAGUAUUACUCACUCUCCUUUUUCUCUCUUCGAGCCUCAAUUGUGUCUAAUUGUGUCUCCCCGCUCGACGUUCUUGGGUCGAGCAUUGCGUGGCGACAACCCAUUGUUCUGUGCCGUAGGGGUAUUCACAGCGUCCAACAACAAUAAAAAUGGCCAAAUGGGGUCUUUCAACAUGGCUGGUCUUCGUUAGGCUGCUCCAGGUAUUGGCGGCGAUCGUCUCCGCGGGACUUAAUGGGUUCCUGCUGGUGUAUAUCCACGUCAACCGCCUGGGGCUCUCCCAGGCCAUGUCUACGCUCGAGAUAAUGACUUGCGUCGUCCUGAUAUAUACGGCCAUCGUCCUGCUGGUCCAACACACAGGCAGACGACGCAUCAAGGCACCAACGAACGUGGUUGCUACCUUCGUGGUGGGAGACGUGAUAUUCACUGGGCUCAUGAUUGGCGUUAUUACCAUCUUGGCUCGUACAGGCGUGCCUUCAAAUUGCCAGGGGUUGACGACGAGCGAGUCCGACGAUGCGCCAAACAAAGCUCCUAAGGGCUACAACACGAUAGGUUUUGGCGACGGCUCGAGCGACAAAAAGGGGAUGCUUGAUAAGUGGUGUGCACUAGAACGGGGUUACUACUUUAUCUCCGUGGCCGUCAUCUUCUCCUACAUGGUCACGGUCACGCUCUCCAUCCUCCGUAUCUGCGAGGGCCUCUACACGAAGAACACCGAAGUUGACCAACAACUUAUCUCCGCGAGCGAGUUGCAGCAGCUGAAAUUGAAGCCGUCCAAGGACAGCAGCCGCCGCUAUUCGCCCGUGCUUCGAGCUAGAGGAGGGGGGUUCUCAUCCCCAUCACCGGUGACUGAAGGCGUUAGUUCACCACGGUCAACGACAAGCCGCCAGUCGACCGGCCAAUCGUUCCGCCAUCAGGCGCGCAGGCCGACGUUACCCGUUUCGCCGUUGACGUCGCCGACUAUCACGAUUGAUCCGGCUAGGGAGGGGCUGUUGAUACAACAGCAGCAGCAUACCGUGGUAGUCGAAGAAGACCCGGCGGAAGCGGCGGCGGUGGCGGAUGGGUUUCGACCGCAGCAACUUAACCAAGCAGCGGAUGCGCCGCCGUCAUAUACACCGGGCUCGUCGUAUAGGCCGGGGGAGUCCUCGAGUUGUAUGGUUGGGCAUGCGAGGGAGAGCAAUGAGAUGCGGUUGAGUGAGUAUGUCAAAGGCGAGACAAGGGCACAGGAUUUGAAGGAUAGGGGUGGAUUAUAGGCAUGUUAUGAAUGAAUGGCGCUGGCGUUGUGGAUACCUCAUGGAUCGUAUGGGAUACGGGAUACGGAAUGGAGCAUAAGUUAAGUUUAAUGGCAAACACCCUAAUGCAUUGGCAGUUUUGCGUUCCUGGUCUUGUCGCUUCUAUCAGUAUGAGUUCUCGUAGUUGUUAAAUAGAGGCAUCCCCAAGAAGUAACGGGGUACGAAUACGCAUGGCAAAGGGGAGCGAUCUAUUGAUAUCCGGGGUGGAACGAAAACAAUAGCAGAAUAAUAGAUCAUAACCAAACCAAG